GUGGGCAGCAGCAUUCCAGGAAGAGAGGCUGGGACAGGAGGCAGGACAGCUUGUUCUGAGGUCUCUGGGAAGAUGGUGAAGAUGGGCGGUGAGCCUUGAGGUGGACAGGGAGGCUGGGGCAAGGGUUUGGCUUUUAUCACACUGAGAGCCACGGGGAGCCCGUGACAGUUCUGAGCUCCUGGUGAAGUUCCUGGGAGCACAGUGAGGACUGAUGAGUGUAGGAGAGGACGGUGGGAGUGGAUGGCCUCCAGAGGGAUAUAAGGGAAAGCUGAGCGAACUUACCAAUGGAUUCAUAAUGUAGGCGAAGGAGGGAGAGGAGCCACUGUGACCCCUGAUAAGCAGGAUGGCUGGGGGUGGGGGGUGCACCAGGAGACUCCUCUUCUGGAGGAAACAUCUUGAGUUCUGUUAAGGACGUGCUGAGUUUCAGGCGUGCCUGUGAACUGCCAAGAGGCAAUGAGCAAGUUGUUGGAACCCAGAGGCUGGAGAGGGGAAUCUGAGAGUUAUCAGCAUGUGGCUUGGAUCUAAAGCCACGGACAAGGAGGAGGUCACUGUGGGAGGACGAGCAGAAGAGGAAAGAUCCCAGGACCAUGCCUGGGGGAGCGCUUAACAUUGAAAGGCCUAGGAGAGGAGGCUGACCAGGCCAGAUACAGAGAGGAAGGCAGCAGAGUGCCCUGUGACAGGUGAGCGACAAGCCAGCAGGUCCCCUCUUCCCAGAAGACCGGAGCCCGCUGCCGGUGUUAGCCAUGAGGAGGUUGCCGGUGACAUCAGCAAAACCUGAGUUUGCAGGGGUGCAGAUUUGAGGCCUCGCUAGAGGAGGGUGCGAGCGAUGUGGGAAAGUCGCCAGUCUUGGGAGAUCCAGCUGUAAGAAGAGGAAAGAGGAUGAGGUAGAAGAUUGGAAGGAGGCAGAGGCAUGGGCAGAUCCGAUGCCAAAGGGAAUGACAUUUACCUUCUGGCCGCACCCAUGUGCUGAGCAGACAGAGAAGAUAGAGGUGCAGGGAUGGUAGUGAUGGAAGGGGAGCCUUCCUUAGAGCACAAGGGCGUGUGCCUGCAAUGGGAGCCCGUGUCCUGAUGAAGGACAGAGGGACCCAUGGGCGACGCCCCGGUGACAAUAAUAAUCAGACCCCGGGUGGCAUGGCAGGGAGUUCUGGUUUGGAGUUUGCUGAUCCCCGUGGCAUACUCUCACCACGGCCGAUGUCAAGCUCCCAACCUGACUUCACUGAAGGCACAUUUGACCGUUGGCUCGGGUUCAGAAACCUGCAAUGGGCCACGGGAUCAGGAGCAGGAAGCAGGGAGGGGCAGGAAGGGGCAGUGUCCAGCAGAUGAUGGGCUGCGGGAACGCAGGCUCAGGUAGCCAGGUGCUCCCAAGCUUUCCGCCUGGUGGUAUGAGUCCUCCCCAUCCCUUCCUUACUUCCUUUCUCUCACUUGGUUUAUGGCUUUUUUGUUCCCUCCUUUCUUUUCUCCCAUCCUUCUCUUCCGCUCUGUGCUGGACGCUGGCGUAUCAUAGAUGAGCAAAAUGGAGUUCUUACCCUCAAGUUGUUCGUGACUAAUAGGGAUCCCACUCAGGCUCAACUUGGUGCCCAGAGGUCUGGUGAGGUGGAGGAGGCGGGAAGCGUUAGGUGGCUUCUCAGACAUGCAGAGGCCAGGCAGGGACAGAGAAUGAGGUGUUUCUGGCAAAGGAGGGGCACUGCCCAGGCCAAGGUGCUGAGGUGCCCUGGCCAGAUGACGUGCUUCAGCGUGGCUGGGCCCAAGGAGCCAAUGAGGGUCUUUUGGGAGGAAGUAAGUCCGGAGAGAGAACAGGGCCCAGGCCCACCUGGCUUUGCAGGUCCCAUGAAUUUAACUUCAUACAAAGGUGGCCAGGAGCAAUUGUGUUCAGGGACAAGCAAGGAGUGGUGUGGUCAGAUCUGCAUUUUAGAAAAAUAAUUCUGGUUAUAAUCUGGCCCUGGGGGUGGGAGCGUCCAGAGGCGGGACAGGGAGACAGCGAGGUGGCCAGGCAGGAGGGGACUGGUGGUGGCCUGGACUGGGGAAGCCAUAGGAGGUGGAAGGAAGGUGAACACAGCUGACGUUUUACUGAGCUGAGUGCUCAGUGUCUGCCAGGCCCUGUGUUCUAAGCACAUUAGACAUAUCGUCUCGCGUCCCCCUCCAGUCGACUCUCGGGGCCCCAUUGUACAGAUAAAGAAAAGGCUUGGGGAUUAGAGGAUCAGGUAAGGCAAUAUAAGAGUAGCAAGAACAAAUUGAAGAGCUUGCUCAGGCUUGACAAGGUGGGGGUUGCCAUCCAUGAGACCCUAGCCCUGGACCAGGAUGGGCCAGAGGCUGCAGAACACGAGUUUCGUUUGGACAUGUUGUCUGGGGCCUUUGUGACAUCCAAGCAGAGAGGUCCCCUGCAGAGUUAGACAUUCAUUCAGGCCUGAGGCUCUGGGAGAAGCCGGGUUGACUGUAAGAGGUUUGGGGAUCCAUGGCUAGAAGCCAUGGACGCAGGUGAACUUGGCCAGGGAGCACGUGGAGAGUGAAGAGAGGUGCAAACACAGGGAGCCCCGGUGUGUGGGGCCAGGAAGGAAGAGCAGUGGCAAAGGAGCAGCUAAGGGGGCCGUCAGAGGUAAGGGAGUCCUGCGGGGCGCGAGGAGGCUCCUCAGAGCACAGGGGAGGGGAGACGAGGAAGCGGAUGUUCACGUCAUCCCUCAUUGCAGAGACAGGUUGAGAAGUAAUGCACUAGAAGCAAAGAACAGGGUCACCGUCAGGCCUGCUGGAGCGGUUUUCAUGGGGCAGUAGGGGCCGGAGCCAGAAGGGGACUGACUGAGUGACAGGCGAGGGAGUGGGACCAGACUGGGGCCUGCCUUUCCGCAGCGUGGCCAUGGAGGUGAGGGGCGAGUGGGGGGAGGCGGCUGAGGGCUUACUUACUGUUGAGAAAUGAAGGUUUGCCUUUAGCAUGUCCUGAAAUUUUCCAUUUACAGCCUUGAUUUUAAUUAAUUGGUAGAGCUUCGGUAACUCCAUCCUACUGGGAACUUACAAAGUACAGUGAAACUUCAGCUAGCCAGAAUUCUUGGCAAACGAGCCACUCUGGAAAACGAACGUUUAUUGGCGUGAAAAGAUUUGAAAUAUAGGAUUUCUUUUUAAAAACAUUUUUAGUAUGGAUAUAAUCACAUAAACAUAUGCAGUAGGGAGAAGACUGUAAUGAACCCCCACAUCCUCACCAUCCCACGUGAACAGUAGCUCCAGACCAGUCCUGUGCCCUCCACACCCCGCUGCCCCCAAACUCUGGGACACUUGGAAGCAAACCCUAGACAUUUUACCACUUCGUUUGUACAGCUUUGGUACGUUUCUCUAAGAGACAAAACCCUUUUUUAAAAACUGUGACCACAAUACCAUUAUCACACCUAAAAUCUUUAAUAAUAAUUCCUUAAUUUAAUCAAGCAUUCAUUGUUCGGAUUCCCCAACAGUCUCAUUUUUCCCCCCCAGUUGGUGGGUUAAAAUUAGGCUCCAAACAAGUCCACACAUGGCAUUUAUUUGCUCUGUCUGUUAAGACUCCCUUUCUUCUCUUCGUGUCAUUUGCGUGUUGAGGAAACCGGGCUGCCCGGAGGCAUGUGUGUUUGGGAAUGUGGGACAGAGCUGGGCACCACAGCGGAGCGAGCAGGACAGGGAAGUCCGGGGUUGGCAGGAUGAUGACCAGAUAGUCGGGACACCUAGCUGCGGGAAGGAGGCAGGAUGUGGAGGCCCGUCCUGAGCAAGGGGAGAGGCCAGGGCUGCUGAGGGCUGGGCCUGUCCUCAUGAUCCCCGAGGCCUUAUGGCUGCCGGAGCUGAAGAGAGGUGGAAAGAUGGCCAGGGCCCAGGAAUGGCGCAGAGCCAGGUGGGCAACAGGUCAGGGGUCAGGCUGGAGAUGAGGAAGGGGCUGGGCCUGAGGUCAGGCCUAGAAGGAACAGGAUGUCUGUUGGGGCUGAAGGGAGAGAGGGGAGGGCCAACAGAAACCAGCUCCUCCCCACCUGGCCCCGUCCCCAGGGCCCCUCCCCUGGCCUCCCAGCUGCGGCUCCACUCAGGGGCCCAGACACCAGUUCCCUUCACAAUGCUGGUGAUCAGGGGCCCUGAUCCCUUGUUCUGCCUUCUCCUCCUCCUGCUCGUGGGCCCCCACAACCCCGUGGGGGCCAGUCCUCCUCAGAGAAGGUUUGAGUAUAAGCUCAGCUUCAAAGGACCAAGACUGGCGUUGCCUGGGGCUGGAAUACCCUUCUGGAGUCAUCAUGGAGAUGCCAUACUGGGCCUGGAGGCAGUGCGGCUGGCCCCAUCCAUGCGGAACCGCAGUGGCGCCGUGUGGAGCAGGGCCCCUGUCCCCUUCUCUGCCUGGGAGGUGCAUGUGCAGAUGAGGGUGACGGGGUCAGGGCGGCGGGGAGCCCAGGGCAUGGCCGUGUGGUACACCCGGGGCAGGGGCCAAGUAGGCUCUGUCCUGGAGGGGCUGGCCUCGUGGGACGGCAUCGGGAUCCUCUUCGACUCCUCCACCGAGGAUACCCAGAACAGCCCCAUCAUCCGUGUACUGGCCAGUGAUGCGCACACUCGCUACGAGCCGCGUGGGGAUGCAGCCAGCGGGGUGCUGGGCUCCUGCCACCGGGACUUCCGUAACCUGCCGAACCCCCUCAGAGUUCGGAUCACCUACUGGGGGCAGAGGCUGCGGGUGUCCUUGAACAGUGGCCUCACUCCCAACGACUUAGAUGAGGUCUGUGUUGACGUGGGUCCACUGCUUUUGGCUCCUGGAGGUUUCUUUGGGGUCUCGGCAGCCACUGGCACCCUGGCAGAUGACCAUGACAUCCUGUCCUUCCUGACCUUCAGUCUGAGUGAGCCGGAUCCAAAGCCUCCCCCACCGCCCUUUCUGGAGAUGGAGCAGCUCCGGCUGGUGAAGCAGCUGGAAGGGCUUCGGGCAAGGCUGGCCCUGGGCACCAGGGAGGAUGUGAUCCCAAAGCUGAGCUCCGAAGUCCAGGAAGAGGGGAAAAGGAUCCUUGGCCUGGAAGAGAUGCUGGGCAGACACCGCCAGAUCCUGCAGGCUCUCCAGGGUCUCUCCAGACAGUUGGCCCAGGCCGAGAGGCAGUGGAAGAAGCACCUGGGGACCCCAGGCCACGCCAGGCCUGAGGGAGCCUGGGCCCGGAACUCUUGCUGCCAGAUUCUCUCCACCCCAGAGAGGGGCAGCCACUUCUCCAUGGCCCUGCUGCAGGAUUCUGCCAAGGUCAGCGCCCUGCUCCGUGGACAGAGGACUCUGCUCCAGGACCUGCAAGAGAUGAGGGAAGCAGCUGCCCACGUGGUCUCAAAAGCCCAGCUCUUCUAUCUGCCUGUGGGCACCAAGCAUCAUUUCUCAGAGCUGGCCCAGAUCCUGGGCCUCCUGCAGAAGGACCUUCGGGGCCCACUGAAAGCGGCAGCCAAGAACCGCCGCCCACCUGGCCAACCCCCAGGAGCCUCCUCGUGCCUGCGGCCCAGCAUCUUCUUGUUCUUCCUCCUCAUUCAGACUAUAGGCUUCUUCUGUUACGUGCACUUCAGGCAGGAGCUGGACAAGAGCCUUCAGGACUGUUUGUCCACAGGCAGCCCUCCUCUGUGUCCUGCACCACGCAUUCCUGGGGCCCUGGGGAUUCUGAGGAGGCAGCCUCUCUCCUCCAGCACACACGCAUGACUCACCUCAAAGCCCUGAAGGAAUCUCCCCAGGAAGUGGAUGGUGUCCAGGGGGUGAGGGUUUGGCCGGUACUUCUCCUUCUGGGUGCCCAGCUCCUGCCCACACCUUAGCUUUUGGGUAGCUCCAAUCUCAUUAAAGGUGAUUUCCAUC